AUGAAUGGCGUUACAUCUUCAAAGCUAUAUUUCAUAGAAGACUUUUUAAUACCAGCUCUUGAAAAUGGAAUAUUUGGAGAAAAAUUAUGUUGGAUCGACGAAUCUAAUAGAAUAUUUAAAAUCCUUUGGAAAGAUAACAGAAAAUCGAAAAAUAAGUUUAUAGACAAGCCUUCAGAAAUAUUUUUGGCGUGGUUAAAAAUGAAAAACAAUGAUAAAAGAAUAAUUAAGUGUAAAGAUAUAUUUAGAAGUGCAUUAUAUUCGAAAGAAAAGGAGAAAAUUUUAAAAAGAUUAAGAAAUCAUGAAAAUUACAGAUGUUAUCAGUUUCUAGAAUAUGCAGGAAGAAAUGUAAAUUUAGAACCAAACAGUUUGGAAAAUCAAAUUUUUGCUUCAUCUACUUCCUAUAAUCUACAAGUUUCACCUACAAUUUCACAGAUACCAUCUACUAUUGAAAAUUACAAUUAUUCAGCAAUGGAAACAGAAUUACUUGAAGGAAUUAUACCUGAACCAAAUAAUCCAUCAAUCAUAGACGAUAUAAUAAAUUACUUUAGUAACGAAUAUCAACAUUCUUCUAAUUAAUUGCUCUUAUAAUUAUAUUAAUAUUACAAUAAAAAUAAAUAACUUAAUUAGAAAAGAG